AUGGGAUUUGCCUGCUGUGUAAUAUGUCAUUUCCAGUUUGGGGAGGCCAUGUUUCUCUCGGUGCGCCAGUUUAACGACUUUAGCAAACUGCUACAAAAAGGUGCCUGUGAGGCAGUGUACUGGCAGAGGCUGACAUGCCCGUAUGAGCUGAGGUUUGAGAGCAUGCCGAGGGUGUGGUGCAGGCAGAGCUCCACCGAAUGCUGCACCGGCCUCGUCUUUGGCCAGAACACCCAGUCGGUGGAUGGAGGUAAACUGGAGGUGGUGGAGGGCUCGGACUCCUUCACUGUGGCUGUGUGGGAGCUGAGCCAUGGAGAGGGGGUGUACUGGUGUGGUGUGCUGAGUGGAAAUGACACCAUCAUUAAGCUGGCUGAAGGCUACUUCUACAGCUACUCUGGUCUUCAUCUCAUUCGCUGGAUUCUGCUGCCUCUGUUGCCCAUGGUGACCGUUUUCACCUACAUUUACUCCAGAGCAACAACAAAACACAUGCGUAAGAAGACAGAGGAGCCUCACGAUGACGUUACUCUGCGCAGACGUCUGGCUGAGCCGCAGUACGAGAACACAGCAGCUCUGAAUGAGCUGGAAUGAUGAAGAUGAUGAAGGGAAAUUUAAAAGGCUGUCUCACACUCCAUCACAUUAGAUCAUGUUUAAGAGUCCUGAUGCUUUGCUGUUGAGAGAAAUAGUUUUGCACACUUGUGCCAAAGUCAUGGCGUUCAUUGAAUUGUUUUGAGGGUGAAAAAAAAAAAAGACCAUA